UCCCAGACUCUAGCUCUUUCUGCACUUGCUCGGCGCAAGUUGACAAUAAUUCAAGCUGCAAUUUGCGCCGGGGGUCAGUUUGUGUAGAGGCCACACGCAUAAGGUAGAGAUUCGGCGGCAUUCUUCCUAUAGAACAAAGUGUCUGCUUCUGCAAUCGAAGCCUGUGACUUCAAACUGGCUUUGCUUUACAGCCCCGGCGCUGUACAUUUCAGCGUAGCCUCCUAACUUCCGCUGUGACUGUUCGAUCUUCGAACCUAGCAUGGAACUACUGUGCUGCGAGGGACCGAGAGUUCGCUAUGCAUACCAAGAUCACAUUCUCCUUAACGAUGACCGUGUAUUGCGGAAUUUACUGACUUGCGAGGACAAAUAUAUUCCAAGUUGUCGAUACUUCAACAUUGUACAGAAGGAGAUUGAGCCGCACAUGAGGCGCAUGGUAACGACUUGGAUGCUCGAGGUGUGUGAGGAACAAAUGUGCGAAGAAGAGGUCUUUCCUUUAGCAGUGAACUAUCUUGACCGAUUUUUGUCGGUUGUACCGACCAGAAAAUGUCAACUCCAGUUGCUUGGCGCUGUGUGUAUGUUCAUCGCUAGCAAGCUGAAAGAAACAUCGCCGCUCUCGGCUGAAAAGCUGUGUAUUUAUACAGACAAUUCCAUUACUUGUGAAGAAUUACUGGAUUGGGAAAUUUUAGUUCUUGGGAAACUUAAAUGGGACUUGUCUGCCGUCACUCCUUACGAUUUUCUGGAGCAGAUCUUCUCCCGCCUCUCCUUACCGAAUGUGAGCGUGAUACGAAAGCAUGCGGCGACCUUCAUCGCUCUUUGCUGUACUGAUGAGAAGUUUUUGAUGUAUCCGCCAUCGACAUUAGCUGCGUCGUCUAUUUGCGCUGCAUUUUCUGGUCUUGCGACACCAGAACAAAAGAGCAUUUGGACGAAAACAAGACUGGAAUCGUUUCUACAGAGACUGACAAACAUAGAACCGGAAUACCUACAGUCAUGCCAAGAGCUUAUGGAAGAAGUACUUCAUUUUAAUGUCACGGAAACUCCAUCCUCCAAAAUGGAAAACGGAAGCACGCCAAGUACGCCAACAGAUUUGCAGGAAAUCCAUUUUUGACAGGGGCAUUUCCUUGGACUGUCGCAGACCUUCCCGUGUGUAUGCCUGCCUAUCUAACGUGUGUAAAUACUGUAAUAAAGAACUGGGAUUGUUGAACUCGA